ACGGCAACUACUCAGGGCGCCACGUACUACGAUCGUCGAGGGCGAUUUCACUCGCAUUAUAAAUUAAUGUCCCUCCGGACCUUCGUAUUUAACAACUCUCUGCUUUACAAGUACCCAUUUCUUCCGCCUCGACUCUCUGUACUUCGGCCAGUUAUUUCAACAUUCGCAAUGUCAUAUCGGCCGAACUAUCAAGGUGGCCGUCGUGGGAGUUCCUCUGGAGGAGGACGCGGCGGUGGUCGACGAAGCGGAGGUGGAGGUGGCGGCGGCGGUAGAGGAGAGCAACGUUGGUGGGACCCGGUCUGGCGUGCUGAGCGUCUGCGACAAAAGGCUGCCGAGAUGGAGGUUCUUAAUGAAGACGAAUGGUGGACAAAGAUGGACCAGAUGAAAAGAGGAGGGGAACAGGAGAUGAUAAUUAAGCGUAGUUAUAGUCGAAGUGACCAAGAAAUCCUUUCUGACAUGGCUCAUCGACAGGGUCUUUACUUCCAUGUGUAUAAUAAGGGGAAGACCCUUGUGGUUAGUAAAGUUCCAUUGCCAGAUUACCGGGCUGAUCUCGAUGAACGCCAUGGAUCUACACAAAAAGAGAUUCGAAUGACUACCGAUAUAGAGAGGAGAGUUGGAAAUCUUUUGGAUGAUUCACAGGGUAAGGGAAGGGAGCACAGGGUUUCUUCUACUGCAUCAGUUGAAGAUGGCAAACAGUUUCCAACUUCUGUAAAUAACAUAAAACCUACCAGCAAGUUGGAGAGUGAUUCAGCGAAGGAGAAACUUAGUGCUGAACUUAAGCAGAAACAGGAAGCGAUGAAAGGAAGCGAUGGCUUAAAAGCAAUGUUGGCAUUUAGAGAACAGCUUCCGGCAUUCAAUGUAAAAUCUGGAUUUAUAAAAGCAAUGACAGAAAACCAGGUAUUGGUUGUUUCAGGAGAGACAGGUUGUGGUAAAACCACACAGCUCCCUCAAUUUAUUUUAGAAGAGGAGAUAUCAAAACUUCGUGGUGCUGACUGCAGAAUAAUAUGCACCCAACCUCGGCGUAUCUCUGCUAUUUCAGUUGCUGCUCGUAUAUCCUCUGAAAGAGGAGAAAAUCUUGGUGAAACAGUUGGAUAUCAAAUACGAUUGGAAGCAAAACAAUCAGCUCAGACUCGACUACUAUUUUGCACCACUGGAGUUCUACUCCGGCAGUUGGUUCAGGACCCACAAUUGACUGGUGUUAGCCAUUUGCUUGUGGAUGAAAUACAUGAAAGAGGCAUGAAUGAAGACUUUUUAUUAAUAAUUCUGCGCAACCUUCUUCCUCAGCGGCCAGAUUUACGUCUUAUUUUAAUGAGUGCCACCAUCAAUGCAGACUUGUUCUCCAAAUACUUUGGAAAUGCCCCGACGCUACACAUACCAGGAAAAACAUUUGCUGUGGCAGAGUUCUUUCUAGAGGAUGUGCUGGAGAAAACUCGUUAUAAUAUCAAGUCAGAGUUUGAAAACUUUGAAGGAAAUUCAAGGAGAAGAAGGAGACAACAAGAAUCUAAGAAGGACCCUUUAUCAGAAUUAUUUGAGGAUGUUGAUAUUGAUUCUCAGUACAGAGGUUAUAGUUCAUCUACGAGAAAGUCACUUGAAGCCUGGUCUGGAACACAACUUGAUUUGAGUCUGGUGGAAUCAACUAUUGAGUAUAUUUGUCGCCAUGAAGGCAAUGGUGCUAUCCUCGUAUUCCUAACCGGCUGGGAUGACAUUUCUAAACUACUCGACAAAGUCAAAGCAAACAAUUAUCUUGGGGAUUCUGGAAAGUUCUUAGUACUUCCUUUGCACGGUUCCAUGCCAACCAUUAAUCAGCGGGAAAUAUUUGAUAGGCCCCCCCCUGGGAAACGAAAAAUUGUGCUGGCAACUAAUAUUGCUGAGAGUAGUAUCACCGUAGAUGACGUUGUCUAUGUCAUUGAUUGUGGAAAAGCAAAGGAGACGAGUUAUGAUGCUUUAAACAAACUUGCUUGUUUGCUGCCUUCAUGGAUUUCCAAGGCUUCAGCACACCAGAGGCGAGGUCGUGCUGGUCGUGUGCAACCUGGUGUUUGUUAUAGACUCUAUCCAAAAAUUAUCCACGAUGCAAUGCUUCAGUAUCAGUUACCUGAAAUUUUAAGAACUCCUCUACAAGAACUUUGUUUGCAUAUCAAAAGUUUGCAGCUAGGAACUGUUGGUUCCUUUUUGGCACAGGCAUUACAACCACCAGAUCCUCUUGCAGUCCAAAACGCCAUUGAACUUCUCAAAACAAUUGGUGCUUUAGAUGAUAUGGAGGAGCUUACCCCACUGGGUCGUCAUCUUUGCACCUUACCUCUGGACCCAAAUAUAGGGAAGAUGCUUCUCAUGGGUUCUAUAUUUCAAUGCCUGAAUCCUGCCUUGACCAUUGCUGCUGCUCUGGCUCACCGAGAUCCAUUUAUUUUGCCCAUUAAUAGGAAAGAGGAAGCAAAUGAUGCAAAGAAAUCAUUUGCUGGUGACUCUUGCAGUGAUCACGUUGCUCUUCUUAAAGCCUUUGAAGGAUGGAAGGAUGCAAAAAGAAAUGGAGCUGAAAGAUCGUUCUGUUGGGAUAACUUUUUAUCUCCAGUAACCUUGCAGAUGAUGGAUGACAUGAGAAUGCAGUUUUUAGAUCUAUUAUCUGAUAUUGGCUUUGUGAACAAGUCCAGGGGUCCAAGUGCAUACAACCAGUACAGCCAAGAUUUGGAGAUGGUGUGUGCGGUGCUUUGUGCUGGACUAUAUCCUAAUGUCGUACAAUGUAAAAGAAGAGGAAAGAGGACAGCCUUCUAUACUAAGGAAGUUGGGAAAGUUGAUAUUCAUCCCGGAUCUGUGAAUGCAGGGGUUCAUAUCUUCCCUUUGCCUUACAUGGUUUACAGUGAGAAGGUCAAAACCACUAGUAUAUACAUUAGAGACUCUACCAAUAUAUCGGACUAUGCCUUGUUGUUGUUCGGUGGUAAUCUUGUACCUACCAACACUGGAGAUGGCAUUGAAAUGCUUGGUGGCUACCUUCAUUUCUCUGCAUCGAAGAGCGUUUUAGAUUUAAUAAAGAAACUGCGCGGUGAACUAGACAAGCUUUUUAAUAGAAAGAUUGAGGAGCCGGGUUUCGACAUUAAUACUGAAGGAAAAGGAGUGGUGGCAGCUGCAGUUGAGUUACUGCACAGUCAAGUUGUACAUCACUGAUUCUUAAUUGCUUGGUUUAGUUGUAAUUUUGCUUCUUCUACUAUCAACUAAGAAUAUAACAAAGGAUUCUUAACGAAGGGAUUGAUCUGUUCUUUCUGCUUUUGGGUACCCCCUACCUGAAUAUGGUAUAUAAUGAUCCCUAAUCAAUAGCAAGGUUUGUUGGUAUGGAAUAGUUUGCUGACGUUUUUUUCCCAAGUGAUUACACUUACGCCAGGCUGAUCUUUGUACAAUUUAGGACGUAUGUGAAAUUAUUAAAAAGUUAAUUACUUGUAUAUUAUUUCCUAAUCUCUUUUUAUUGGUUAGUUGUAAUCUUUGUUAUUAACACUUGGCUAUUUAUGCCCUUGAUCAUUCAAUAAAGGUGCACAAGUUUUCUUA